ACGCUCCUCCACGGCUCGCCUUUGCGCACAUUUUCGCUCCCUUUCCCCCUACCCCCCCCACCCCUUCCCUGUUAUCGGCGCAUCGCUCGGACCUCGGACGCAAACUGUUCGAACUCGGGUUGGAAAUGAUGUUGGGAUCGGUGCCGCGGAUCCAGCCGGCGAGGGGAUGACGACAACGCCGACCGCGUGGAGGAGGAUGAUGACGGGCGGCUUGGAUCGGGACCCCGGCGGCGGCGGAGGCGGUGGCGGCGCCGUCCUGCCGCUGCUGGCCGUGGUGGCCGCGUCCCUCCUGGGCGCUGCGCUGGGCAAGGAUACGGCCUUUGUGGAGGUGGUCCUGUUCGAGUCCAGUCCCAGCGGGGAUUACACCACCUACACCACGGGCUUGCAGGGACGCUUCUCCAAAGCCGGAGCCACCAUCAGCGCGGAGGGGGAGAUCGUCCAAAUGCAUCCUUUGGGGUUAUGUAACAACAACGACGAGGAAGACCUCUACGAGUACGGCUGGGUCGGCGUGGUCAAGCUGGAGCAGCCCGAGCUGGACCCCAAUUGUCUCACGGUGCUGGGAAAGGCCAAGAGAGCUGUGCAGCGAGGAGCCACCGCCGUCAUCUUUGAUGUGUCGGAAAAUCCGGACGCCAUCGACAAGCUCAAUCAGGUGGCCGAGGAUCCGCUGAAGCGACCGGUGGUCUACGUGAAAGGAAACGACGCCGUCAAGUUGAUGAACAUCGUCAACAAGCAGAAAGUAGCUCGUGCGAGGAUACAACACCGCCCGCCCAGGCAGCCCACAGAAUACUUCGACAUGGGCAUCUUCUUGGCCUUCUUCGUGGUCGUGUCGCUGGUUUGCCUCAUCCUGCUCAUCAAGAUCAAGCUGAAGCAGAGGAGGAGUCAGAGCUCCAUGAACAGGAUGGCGGCGCAGGCACUGGAGAAGAUGGACACGCACAAGUUUAAGGCCAAAGGGAAAGGCCAACGCGAGAGCAGCUGUGGGCCGACCGACUCGCUGAGCAGCAGCUCUACGUCCGACUGCGCCAUCUGUCUGGAGAAGUACAUUGAUGGCGAGGAGCUGCGGGUCAUCCCCUGCGCUCACAGGUUCCAUAAGAAGUGUGUGGACCCUUGGCUGCUGCAGCACCACACCUGCCCCCACUGUAGGCACAACAUCAUCGAGCAAAAGAAGGGAAAUUCCGGCCCCUUCUGCAUGGACACGGGUAACCCAGUCCAUGGGCGCCAGCAAAGGGUGGUCCUGCCAGUCCACUAUCCCGGUCGAGUCCACCGCGCCGGCCAGGUGACCGCCUACCCGACGAGGACCAGCAUGGACCCCCACGGCAACGCCGUCACGGUACUCACGGUGGACCAGCACCCGGAUCCUCGGGGCCUGUACCCGGCCCAGUCGGCUUCUUCCUUCCUGCGGGGAUACCACCCCGCGCUCCACAUGGACCACUCCCUCGGCCCCCACCACUGCGGACUGGAGCACCGGGGGCCCCCCGCCUACCAAGCGCCGCCGCACCACGCCGCCAUCAAACGGCCCAAGUUUGCCGGCCGCAACUUCUCACGGGCGGCGUGCUUCUCGCAGUACGAGACAAUGUACCAGCACUACUACUUCCAGGGCUUGACUUUCCCCCAGCAGCCCGAGGGCGGCGCGGGGCCGGCGGGUCCGGGCGGGGCUCACAAGGGCCACCACAGCAGGGCCUUCCAGCAGGGACUGUUGUACCCCACCGUGGUGCACGUUGCGCCGGCCUCCUCCUCCAGGAUAGGGGAGGGCGGGAGCUGCUACCACGGCCAUCGCUCGGUGUGUAGCGGCUACCUGGGCGACUGCCCGGGCAGCGACAGCAGCAGCAGCAGCUCGGGCCAGUGCCACUGCUCCUCCAGCGACUCCAUGUUGGACUGCACCGAGGUCAGCAAUCAGGGAGUUUACGGCAGCUGCUCCACCUUCCGCAGCUCGCUGAGCAGCGACUACGAUCCGUACGUCUACCGGAGCAAGAGCCCUUACAGGGGCUCCACGGGGGAGGCAGCCCCUUUGGCGGGCCCCUCCGUCCCCUCCGUCCCCUCCGAGGAGUCGUCCGGACCCUCGGGACACGACUGCCUGCAGCUCCCUGCGGGGGACCACCUCUCCCACUGCAGCAGUCGAUCGUCACUGGAACCCAGGGAGAACAGCAGCACAUGUGCUACCUCAGGCGCCGCUUCGGAGGGGAAUGCGGCCCGUGAGGAUGCGGUGGCCUGCGGCUGCUGCCCCGAGGCGCUUCCUCACACCGCGGACCAAGCGGGACGCUGUCACAGGGGGAUUGACUUUCAUAGCUCCGCCUCCAAGAACUACUUUUCUUCCGAGCACUCGUGCGCCCCCUCAGAGCCCAUAAGCUACGACGGACUGCCCCGCUGUUUUUACAAAGAGAUGAAGGUCCACAGGGCCACCAUGGGGCGCUACGCCGAGGACUACGCCGUCACCGUACAGUACGCCGACUCGGAGGCGGGCUCAGCUCAGGUCCGCUGCGAACUAAACCAGAGAAUACCCAUAAUUCCCGAGGACACCGACUGCGAAAUGGGCGAGGAGACGCAUCGCAGCAGCUUGCUGCACGCCAGCACCGCGCCUGAAGUGCACACGGAACCCGGCGAGGACUUUUUCACCUCGUCGCAAUCGAGUAGACAGGCGGAGGAGACCAGAGCGUUGUUUCACCCGCAACUCUCCAGUACUGAGGGCGGGGUUGGCGUUUAAAAACCGCAGCAGUCAUUCAAACCUUCAGUUGCCUUUGCUCUCUUGAAUGUUGUCACCCAGGAAUGUGUCGCCGCUCGCCCUCAUUCCUGCGGCCGCGCACGCCGCUCUUUUCUUAAUUGCCGCCGUCACGCACAGGAUCACUCACUGCCUAGAACGCCUGGCGUGGAUGGUACCGCCAUGGCAGGGAACUUUUCUACUGCACCUGUUACUCAAAACCCGCAAACAAGUCCUUGCCACCCAGCGCUACUGUUCCGUUCGGUUCUUUCGCAUUGUUCCUGGUUCUCCGUCUGGAUUUUUUCAUUUCUCCGCUCGUCAAGGUGGUAUUUUGCUAUGUUAGCGUGAUCACAAGUCGUUCACCAAUUGCACGGUAAACGUAAGAAGUCAGACGUUAGGAUGUUUGUGGACAAGUUUUAAACAUCGGUACGAUACAGGCGGCGCUCGCUUCACUGCUGGUUGCCCUCAAAAAAUGUUCAUUUCCGACCCAAGGCAUCACACCGUUCCAUGAAAUUAUGUCCAAUUUUAACCAUUUCUUUGAUUUUUGUCAGGGCUCCAGUUUGACUUUUAGAAGGUCCAACUUGAGCUGUCUGACAAUUUUCUUUAAGAUGCGUACCGAAGCUUAAUUUUAAGAUGCGCACCGAGCCUUAUUUCCCCGUUGCGGGUUAAUUAAUGACUUGAACAACCUGAUUCCUUCCCCACAACUGUAGCGGAUUUUAUUUUAAGAAAUGUAGCGAAGCCUGAUUUCACCCUUGAAAAUGUUAUUCCGAUUUGAACUGUCCCACAGUUGCAUUUAUUUUAAGAAGAGUAGCAAAGCCUUAUUUCACCUUGGAAGAUUAAACUGUAUGACAGUUUGAUUUUUAUUAGAUGCGUAGUGAAGCCUGAUUUUCCCCUGGAAAUUGAAAUGCAGACUUAAACUGUCGGACGGCUAACUUUAUUUUAAGAUGUGUAGCGAAGCCUAACUCCCCCCGGAAAGCUAAAUUCCAACUUAAACUCGCCGACAUUUAGCUUUAUUUUAGGAAGUGUAACAAAGCCUAAUUUUCCUCUGUAAAGGAAACCUUUUUCACAUAAACAGUUCUACAGCUGGAUUUAUCUUAAGAUGCGUAGCGAAGCCAAUUCUCCCCCACAAAAAGUUAUAUUCCGACUUGAAGUGUUUGACAUUUGGCUUUAUUUUAAGAAGUAUAGCGAAGCCUAAUGUCCCCCUGUGAAAGGUUACAUUUUUUUUACAUAAGCUGUCUGAUUUCCCAACGGUAAAUUAAACUCAAACUAGAACUGGUCCACAGCUGGCUUAAUUUUAAAAUGCGUAGCGAAGCCUGAUUUCCUGUUUCAUUUUGACAUGAACUGUCCGCAACAGUUUUAUUUUAAGGUGUGUAGCGAAGCAUGAUUUUUAAAAUUUGACAAAGCUUUCUUCCGUCAAUUAGCAGGCGUGUACACUGGGGCGAGCUUUUGAAGAAAAAUAAAUAGAUAAAUAUAUAUAUAUUUACAUAUAUACACGUAUACAUACAUACAUAUAUAUACAUUUAUAUAUACAUAUAUCUAUGUAAAUGUAUAUAUGUGUGUAAAUAAUAUAUAUAUAUAUGUAUAUAUAUUUAUAUAUAUAUAUAUUUAUUUACAUAUAUAUACGUAUACAUACAUAUAUACAUUUAUAUAUACAUAUAUCUAUGUAAAUGUAUAUAUGUGUGUAAAUAAUAUAUAUAUAUAUGUAUAUAUAUUUAUGUAUAUAUAAAUAUAUAUAUUUAUUUACAUAUAUAUACGUAUACAUACAUAUAUACAUUUAUAUAUACAUAUAUGUAUGUAAAUAUAUAUAUGUAUGUAUAUAUAUUUAUGUGUGUAUAUAUAUAUUUAUGUGUGUGUGUGUGUAUAUAUAUAUAUAUAUAUAUAUAUAUAUACAUAGUAACUAUUUUGAAUAGAAACAUUGUAACGCGUCAAACUGAAGGGAACCGUUGCGCUUGGUGGCUCGUAGGUCACAAAAGUAUUGGUUUGAAGUAAAGCAUUUAGUGUCCUGGGCCUUCCAGAACGAGUAGGCCAUUUGUAGCAACAGAGCGGCUCCUGGUUCGAAUCCCCGCACUCGAGCAUCCCGGGCCGAGUGGAUCCAGUUAUUUGGUUAAGUCUAUUUCCACUGAUGUCCUCCAUGCUAAUUGAAGACUGUGGUGGUCCUAGCAUGUAGCAAACAAAAAGGCCAAAGGAAAGUAGCUGAUGACUUCUGCGUCAAAAGGGUUCCUUAUUGUACUGUGACAUUUUUUUUCUUCUUUUUUUAAAACAAUGCAGUUGUAACAUAGCACCAUUUGAAUCACAACGUGCCACACACACACACCAAUGCUUUGUUUGUCCUGCAGACUGUCCUGAUACUGUUUCUAUGAAAUAUACACACAUUGUCUACAUAGGACGACCUUCUUCCCAAAUAAUUUAUAGCCUUCCAUCUAACCUUGCCUUUUGCAUAGAGAUAUGUACCAUAACUUCUUUUUUUUGGAGGGCAGGGUCGGGGGGGUUCUUGUGUCACUAUUUAAUUUUUCUGUUUGUUUGUAGCACUUAAGAAUAAAAAGUAUGUACAAUUUUUUUUUUUUUUUAGAGGAUAUAAUUAUUUUCUGCCACUACCAUUACAAAAUAUUUUAAAGAAAGGCUUAGAGAUCAAUAUGUGUAUAUUUCUGUACCUGUACAGCAACACAUUUCAUAAAUGGAAAUAUGUUCUCUGAAUAUUUAUUUACUAAUAUAUUUAUCUUGAAGCCAUGUCUUAUGUUCAGAGUUUAUCAACAAGCAGACAGAAUCACUUACAUGAGACCUUGUACAUACGUGGUAAUUGCACACGAGACGAUUCAAUCUUCUGACCAAAAAAAAAAAAACGAUUUUAAAAACUUUAGUACCAUAGAGUUUUGUAAUUAAAAAGUGUACAAAGAUGUGUAAAAAAAAAUACAGUUUUAUUCAAGUAA